UUUAACUUUUUUUUUUCUUCACGAGCACGUUUACUUUGGAUACUGAUGCCAAGGGAUUCUAGACCAAUAGCCUUACGAAGACUCAUGCCAUUCUCGAAUCGGUCCGAUAAUAGAAAAAUUCGUACAUCUGACUCCAUACAUAGCGAUGAAGACCCACUUAUAGAUGAAGAACUUGGCGAAGCUUCUUUACGACGAAGACGACAACAACAGCAAACUCGAGGACAUGGACAACAGCAAAAAGGAUCAUUCUCUUGGCAAUUCUUACGACCGGCGCGAACGUACAAAGCAAGAACAGUUCCACUAUAUACUGAUGAUAAAUUCAAACGCAAAUUCUCACCUAACACUGUGAUCAACCAGAAAUACAACUUUAUUACCUUUAUCCCAAUUGUCCUUUUUGAACAAUUUGUCGUAUUCUUCAAUCUCUACUUUUUGUUGGUAGCUCUCUCACAGUUCGUCCCAGCCUUAAAAAUUGGGUAUAUAUUUACUUACUUUGGACCCUUAUGUUUUGUGUUAUUGGUAACCAUCAGCAAAGAAGCCGUAGAUGAUUAUCAACGAUAUAAACGAGAUAAAGAGGCCAAUUCACAACUAUAUCAAUGUAUGACACCAACAGGAUUACAAAAUAUACCAAGUUCCAGAAUACGUGUAGGGGAUAUGAUUGUACUUCGAAAAGAUCAAAGGGUACCGGCGGACAUGGUUCUUCUUCGAACAUCUGAAGAAAGUGGAUCUUGUUUUAUUCGAACUGAUCAAUUGGAUGGUGAAACGGAUUGGAAAUUACGAUUAGCUGUACCUUCACUACAACGACUAGCGACAGAUGAUGACGUACAACAUGUUAGAGGAAGCAUCUAUGCCGAUAAACCACAUAAAGAUAUUCAUAAUUUUGUUGGUACAUUCACACACAUCAAAGAAGAUACGGGAAUGGAACAAGUGGAACCUUUGGGUGUUGAAAAUACAAUGUGGAUGAAUACUGUUUUGGCUUCUGGUACUGCUAUUGGUUUCGUGAUAUACACUGGGAAAGAUACUCGUGCGGUCAUGAAUACAAAUCAUCCAGAAACAAAGGUUGGCUUAUUGGACAUUGAAAUCAAUCGACUAGCAAAGAUUCUGUUUUUGGUUACUCUUGGUAUCUCUAUUAUCAUGGUUGGACUCAAUGGAUUUCAAGGUUUAUGGUAUAUCUAUGUAUUCCGAUUCUUAAUCCUUUUCUCGUCUAUUAUACCUAUCAGUUUACGGGUUAAUCUGGAUAUGGGCAAGACGGUUUAUGCACGACAAAUAGAGAACGACGAUGAAAUCAACGGUACCAUUGUACGCACAAGCACUUUACCUGAAGAACUUGGUCGUAUUGAAUAUCUCUUAUCUGACAAAACUGGCACAUUGACACAAAAUGACAUGGAACUAAAGAAACUUCACAUGGGUACUAUGUCAUAUAGCUUGGAUACAAUGGAUGAAGUUCAAACUCAUUUGGCAAGCUCAUUCGAACAAGAACCAGGAAUGGCAGGGAUUUCUGGCAAAGCCCGACGUAAUAUUGCUUCUCGUGUCCGAGAUAUUGUACAAGCUUUGGCUUUAUGUCAUAAUGUAACACCUGUGGUAAGUCUUGAUGAUCAUAUCACCUAUCAAGCAUCAAGUCCAGAUGAGGUAGCGAUUGUCAAGUGGACAGAACAUAUGGGAUUGGCUUUGGUAGCAAGAGAUGUCAACAAGAUUGAAUUACAUGUGAUUGCGACUGGUGAACGAUUGACCUUUGAUAUCCUUAACAUUUUCCCUUUUACAAGUGAAACAAAACGUAUGGGCAUCAUUAUCCGAGAUCGACAGACACACGAAAUUAUCUUUUAUGAAAAGGGUGCUGAUGCAGUCAUGGCAAGAAUUGUACAAUACAACGAUUGGUUAGAUGAAGAAUGUGGAAAUAUGGCUCGGGAAGGUCUGCGAACAUUAGUGGUAGCCAAAAAGAAGAUGUCCGAGGAAGCUUAUGAAGAAUUUAGAUCAAGAUACCAUGAAGCAGAAGUAGCUCUACAUGAAAGAAAUACUUUGAAGCGAGCAGUGGUAGAAGGGAUGCUGGAAAGUGAUCUAGAAUUAUUAGGUCUAACCGGUGUAGAAGACAAGCUACAAGAAGGUGUCAAGAAUACUUUGGAACAAAUGCGUAAUGCUGGUCUAAGGAUAUGGAUGCUUACUGGUGACAAAAUUGAAACUGCUACUUGUAUUGCAGUAUCUUCCAAAUUGGUAUCUAGAAAUCAAAACAUUCAUCAAGUAUCAAAAUUGAAAUCAUAUAUUGAGGCCAUGGACGAAAUUGAUGCUUUGCAAUCCAAAACUGAUAGUUGUCUCGUGAUUGAUGGAGAAUCAUUACAGUUAUGUCUUGAAAGUUGUCAAGAUGAAUUUAUUGAAUUGGCUACGAGAUUACCGGUUGUUGUUUGCUGUCGUUGUUCACCAACCCAGAAGGCGGAUAUUACAAGACUGAUCAGGUCAUACACUGGCAAACGUGUACUCUGUAUUGGUGAUGGUGGCAAUGAUGUUAGUAUGAUUCAAGCAGCUCAUGUUGGUGUUGGUAUCGUAGGCAAAGAAGGCAAACAAGCAUCACUCGCAGCAGAUUUCUCCAUUACUCAAUUCAGUCAUUUGACCAAACUACUUUUGUGGCAUGGACGAAAUAGUUACAAACGUUCCGCAAAACUCUCACAAUUCGUUAUUCAUCGUGGUCUAAUCAUUUCGGUUAUGCAAGCUGUAUUCUCUGCACUUUUCUAUUUUGCCCCUAUUGCUUUAUAUCAAGGCAUGCUUAUCGUUGGUUAUGCGACAUUAUAUACAAUGGCUCCAGUAUUCUCACUUGUAUUAGAUCAAGAUGUUAAUGAAGAUAUUGCUCUUCUCUAUCCAGAACUUUACAAAGAUCUCACCAAAGGAAGAUCACUCUCUUAUCGUACAUUUUUUACAUGGUUACUGAUUAGUGUAUAUCAAGGUGGCGCGAUAAUGGUAUUAUCUAUUCUAUUAUUUGAAGAUGAAUUCAUUCAUAUUGUAUCAAUAUCUUUCACUGCGUUGAUCUUGAAUGAAUUGCUUAUGGUUGCUCUGGAAAUCAAUACUUGGCAUCGAAUCAUGAUUGUUUCAGAGAUAGUGACUAUGCUCAUUUAUAUUGCUUCUAUGUGGUUAUUACCAACUUAUUUCGACAUGACAUUUAUUUUGACUGGACGUUUUGUAUGGAAAGUGGCAGUGAUUACAGCUGUUAGUAGUUUACCAUUAUAUAUUGUAAAAUUCAUCCGCCGCCGGUAUGCUCCUCCUAGCUAUACAAAGCUUAUCUAAUUGUAUGAUAAAGGAUUUAUGUGUUAGUUUUAGUAUGAAUAAACUAGACCUUUUUGAUUCUAA